AUGCUUCAUCCUACCAUGAGGCGGUUCUCUACCGCUGUGACCAUCACAGAUCCCUUGGUCAAGUAUCAAACAGCAGUGUCCAUGGGACUGUACUCGCCAGAUCCCGCUCAGCAUCGGCUAGCCCAUCAUUUACAGAAGCUGUACCGCCGGAUCAAAGACUAUCGUCCGCAGUCAGAGUAUCGCGAGCGGCUCAAUCAGGUCGCACGAUUGACCGACCCUAAGCCACCGCCAGACGCUGACACGUCCGGGAUGCUUGCCCUUAGGAAUCAUCCCAUAUGGCGCAACCCUCUCUUCAAACAUCUGUUAACCAGCCCUGAGGGAAGAGAAAGUCUAGCUCUGACGAGGAAGCUGACAAGCCAUGAGGCUGCCAUUGAUAUCGAUUCGCCAAAGGGCCUGUUUCUCUCGGGGGAGGUUGGCACGGGGAAAUCCAUGCUGCUGGACCUGCUGGCCGAGGGCCUGCCCACAGAGCGGAAGAAGCGAUGGCAUUUCAAUACUUUCAUGCUAUAUGUGUUCUCGCGCCUUGAGACUUUUCGGAAAGCUAAUCCUGGAACAGCCACAGAUGGAGAUUCAGAGCAUUCCUUGUUAUGGAUGGCCAAGACUUUGGUUGAGGAAUCUCCCAUUCUGUUUCUCGAUGAGUUCCAGCUACCUGAUCGAGCAGCAAGCAAGCUCCUCAGUCACCUCUUUAUUGCAUUCUUCCAACUUGGUGGUGUUCUCAUUGCAUCCUCCAACAGAAUGCCUGAAGAGCUUCAGAAAGCCAUCGGAGUGGAUUACACCCCCACGCCUUCACAAGGGCUGAUACGGAAGAUCUUUGGUCUUGGUUCAGCGGGAAAGGGGGGAUUAUAUGGCGCCAGUAGUGACUUUGCCAACUUCCUCGAGGUGUUGAAGGCAAGGUGCGAUUUCUGGCAGAUGGAGGGGGCUCAAGACUGGCGACGAAAAGAAGAGGUCACCGAGAAGGCAACAGUUGCACCCAGCAGUGGUGUCACCUCCGAGGCUCUAUACACAUCUAAGGAAGAACCUCCAGAAGAGGAGAGUGCCCAGCGAAAGAAACCCUAUCAUUAUCAUUUAACAGAGGACAAUGAGGCGGCAUGGAAACAACGAAUCCAAGAAGCUGUCGGCUUAUCCGGAUCUACACCGAUUCCGUGGUCGGUCUCGUCUCUAGUUGUCUACGGCCGCAAGGUGCAAACACCGCAACACUACAAAGGCUUUGUGUUUUGGGAAUUCGACAGCCUAGUCGAAUCAUUCGGCCCGGCCGAUUAUAUCACAAUGGCAUCCACGUAUCACACAUUCGUCAUAGACAACGUCCCUAUCCUGACGAUAAGCAAGAAAAACGAAGCAAGGCGCUUCAUUACCCUCCUGGACGCGCUAUACGAGGCCAGGUGCAAGCUCAUACUGCGAGCUAGGAACCCUCCCGAUGACCUCUUCUUCCCUGAGCGACGUCGACGAUCCGCAGGCGCUACCGGCCAGGAGAAUGCCGUAGACGAGGACGACGACGCCACGUAUUCGGAGACUGUUGCAGAGGUAUAUCAAGACCAGGUCUCUCCCUUUCGACCAAACGUGGCAUACUACGAUACACAAUCGUCAACGGCCAAAUAUAACCCGGACCAAGACUCCGACUUUGGUCUUCAAUCCAAACCAAUCAACUUCACCAACACAACGGCUUUCACUGGAGAGGAUGAGCGGUUCGCGUACAAGCGAGCCAUCUCGCGACUCUGGGAGCUGUGCAGCUCCCAGUGGCAUUCAAGGACCGGAGACUGGUGGCAACCUCUGCCCAUAGAAGCCAGACACUGGGAGGGCGGGCAACCUUCGCAGCCCCAGAAAGUCACCAUAUCCCCUCGCACACCCAAUGCCGGCGAAGGAAUGGGCCAGAGCGUGGAAACAGACGAGGUGGCAGGCCUCUCAAAAUGGAGGGUAGAGCAGCUCCAAAACCAACAUCGAGAGUAG